AAAGUCAUCAAAGAGCUCUGCUUCCUGUUUGUAACUCUGUUUCCUGUAUGCCGCUCAGAGGAAAAGAUGAGAAGGAAAUCUGCGAGGUGGCUGCCUUUUGACCUGAAAAGUCAAUUUGCUUUCUUACCUCCUCGGUCUUCUCUGUCUCUACGGGGCCAUGGUUUCCAGCCCACCCUUUUGCACCGCGAUCUUGUGGGUCCUUACUGCACUCAGUAUAAUGCAGCCUGACAGCCUAACAGAAGCGAAUAUUGUAGUGCAACAGAGACCUCUGCGCCUGAUGAGCGAAAGUGCCAAGAUAUUUUGCAGCUACACAUCUAACGGAAAGAAAAUAAAGGCAUUCAAAGCCUCGCUCCGCAAAGGAAUAGAAAGGGUGGAGGUCUGCUCCAUUUACUGGAACAACACCCACAAUAUUGCCAACAACGGCACGGAAAUCAGCUGCCAAGUUGCAUUCAGGACAGAAAAGGAAGUCUCCUUUUCCCUGCAGAGCCUACACGCCAAUCAAACGGACAUUUACAGCUGCAAAAUUGAUAUCUUAGACCCACCGCCGUAUGAAUUCAACGAAAGCCUUGGCACUUUAGUUCACGUGAAAGCCCCAGAAGCCCCAGAAUCUCGAUGUCUAGAAAGACCAGAAUUCAUGAGUAUGGCAGCAGCUAUCGGAGUUCUUAUAUUCUACAGUAUCCUAACAACAGCAGCUUUUUUCUAUUGUUGGCUGAAGACCAAGAAGAAUAAGAUUGUUCGGAAUGACUAUUUCAACAUGACUGCCUGGCAAGCAAACGCUCCGAAGAAGCGAUCUCAACCGCCAGGUGUCCCAGCAAGAAACUACACUGCGUACCGAUCAUGGGAGCCAUGACAAUUGGUAACAGAAAUGGUCCGUUCUCUACAAUGGGAAGUAUGAAUGGACAUUUCACCCCUUAGCUCAGCGU